AUGUUAACCAAUAUCGACGAGAAGGAGAAUCUGGCUCGCAUGGAAAGAGGUGAGCUCUACCACGCCUUUUCUCCACAGCUGGUCGCUGCACGUAAGAGAUGCGGGCGCCUUGUUGGUGAGCUCAACCGCGCAGGGGAGCUCUCCCGGCGUGAAUUGGCUACUUACUGGAAAAAUAUCACGAACGAUUCCCGGCCUCUGCCAUCUCCAGGUGUGACGGAUGAAGAGGAAGAUGCAAUUCUUCACGAAUAUCCAUGGAUUGAACGACCCAUCAAUAUUGAUUAUGGUACAAAUAUUAAAGUCGGAAGCAAUGUCUUUAUCAACUUCAACUGUACCUUCCUCGAUACAUGUCUUGUAUCUAUUGGUGCGCGCACUCUUAUUGGCCCGAAUGUGUGUUUCUUCAGUGGCACCCACCCACUAGACCCCGAUCUUCGCGAUGGGACCAAUGGACCGGAGCUAGGCCUUCCUAUUACAGUUGGCGAGGAUUGCUGGAUUGCAGGAAAUGUCACCAUCUUGCCUGGAGUGACGAUUGGUGAUGGUUGCACCGUUGGCGCAGGAAGCGUGGUUACAAAGGUACCGAGAUCCUCUCCACUGAAUUUGGCUAUUCUCGCAGCAUGGCUUGGUAACUCAAAGACUGACACGAGUUCUGACUGUGAUCAGAAUGUCCCAGACUGCCAUGUAGUUGCAGGAAGCCCAGCCAGGAUUCUUCGCAAGAUCGAGCGUUCUGGCAAGUCGAAGCCUUGA